GCCAAUCCCAACUAGACGCCGCAAUCAGCAUGUCUGGGAUGUCGCCGGCGCUACUAUUAGCGGAUAGUUGCCCGAAGCUCGAUUUGCCAACCGGUUACCAUUUAGAAUGCCUGUAUGGACAAGCCCAGGUUCGGGCCGCAGCAGAGGUCCUGCCACCAGGGGACAGGCGUUGGACGGUGGAUUUAUAUCUUGCAGAUCUAACCCCGAAUCUGAAGACCAUGCUGAUCGAGGAAUAUUCCGAAGAGGUGAGACCUCACGAUGGAGAAAUCUAUCGAAAAAUACGCGGACACCAAUUGGAAGGAAAUUUGUACUUCGAGAAACGCUGGUGGGCUCGCCUCUCCAGAAUAUCCCCCCGCCGAAGAGAGCGCCUCGAACAGCUCUUCCGCCAUGAUGAUUUUACCUCAGCAUUUGACGCCCUAUUAGAUAUUCCAGGGUUAUGGGGUGGGAUGAGGAUAGGCACACUUCACAAAAUGAUCGCGAUGCACUGUAAUGAAGAAAUCCUUCGGUAUCUCGAUUAUAUUAAGGAGACUUGGCACAAAAUAGUUCGGGAAGAUAUCGUAUCGAUGAGGAAAGUUGAUCAGGCGACGGUGAAAGCACUCGAGUUUACCGCGCCGGGGGGGUGUAAGAGAGAUGCUGAAACUUUAUGGGGCCAGUUUAAGAGCGGACGCAUUUUCGGGGCUUUCAGCGAGCCAGAGCGUGAGUCGAUUUGGAAAGAAGUGUUAUCCUACUCCCGAGAUCGGCUGAUUCCUUCACUCUUCACCUUUUUUGAGGAUCUCAAAUACUUACAGGGCAUAGCCGACUGCGUGAAGCGCCUUCUUCACCUUUCGCCUCGGGAUAGUGUUUUCUCUGCCUUUGAGCACUCAUUUUCUGACGCGAGGCAGGUGGCAGAUCAACAUGUGAUCCAGGUGUCUGAGUCCACAUUUGCUGCCGCGCCAGGAUGGUCGACGGACCGCAUUCACCUGGGAAUUCGGCAAAUGUGGAUCGCCGCCAUGCGGGAUUACCUCGAGAUACCUGCAGGCCCAAAGAAAGCGGACUCAUUGGCGAAGCCAGGGUGUGAGAAAGCUAAUGAGGUGGCUCUCUAUAGAUUUGCGUCCCUUGCUUGGCGGCUUGGUUUCAACACGAACGAGAUUCGACGCCUGACACAGCGGUCUCCUGAAAGGGAGAUUGCUCGCGACGCAUUGUUGAGAGCCCGGAAGCCAGGCCAGUAUCGGUAUGAUAAGGCGACAUUCGAGGACUACGUGGAACAAAUGUUGAAGAUGUUUGACUCAGCGCGUCCGGUAAUGAACGAAUCGCCUGGGACAGUCCUCGUAGCCAGCGAUUCCGACAAACCUGUCAAAAGAUGUGGGGUACCGCGAAAGAAAGAGCAUAAUCAAGCCAAGGGGCGACUGUUUCUGCGUCACCUACACGAGGACUCCGUGGAAAGCUACGAGGAGAUGACGUCUUUUUUCGUGCGUCGGUCGGUGUACUUUGCGUUUUUCGGAAAACCCACAUCGAUCAGUGCAAAUGUCAGUACAAUGCGUGAGGUCCCACAGUCGCAAACUGUUACAGAAAGGCGCGAGAGCGAGGCUCGGCGGAGUGCUGCAAGGGUCGAACAGGGACAGAACCAAGCACCGGUCGCGGGAAACAACCAGGAGAGAUCUUCACCGCUGGCGCCACCACGACCGGAACAGGAAAGAUCCCAACAUCGUCCUGACACUCGGCCGAUUGCAGACCCUUCCCCACCAAACUCGGGCGAGUUGAACCAAAUAGGGGAGACGAGAACCUCUCUUGGAGACAGCUUCGGCCGAGAAGAGAUUGCGAUGGAGGGGGAAGCUGGUGCAGAUUGGGAAUCUGAUCAGGAGAUGCUUGACGGAGAAGAGCCAGCGGUCCUAGACCGGACAAAGCGAGAGUCUGUGAGAAAGAAAUUAGCGCAAAAGACAAAGAGGCGACGGAAGAGGGAACAAAACAAGGCUAUAAGGAUGAGCGAAAACAGAAGUACACAACAAAGACACGAUCUGCUUCUCAAAGAGAGUACAGGAUUGAUGGGCGAAGAACAGGACAGCCCUCCAGAUGGACAGACGAAUCAGGACGAACAGACAAGGCAAAAGCGAGUCACUCAAAUAAACCUGGAUGAAGUGGAAGAAACGGAUGCUCAAGCGCCGAUCCAAGUUCAAGCCCCGACCGCCAGCCAGAUUGAUUCCCUGGAGAAAAUCUCAGAGAUGAACCAGUUCCCAGCGACACAGCCACAAGACGAGGGCCAAGACAUAGUGACAGAGAGCGUUGUUCACGAAGUCGCGACAUCAGAGAUUCCGACCCUCGACAGAGAGGUGACUGCGCCAAAGACCGUGUCUCUAGCAGAAGCAGAGGGUCGUCGCGAAGCGCAAGAGCAACAAACAGCGGAGCAAACCUACGGGGAACCAGAUGAGCGACAGACGAUGGGGAGAACCCAAGAUGGGAACGAGGGAAACGAAGGGCAGCAUGUCAACCAGGGAAAGCAGGAAGCCACUGAGAGAGAGCGACGACGACAUGCUGCAUGGGACAGGAUUGAUGAGGCGCAGACAACCCCACCGCGAGAGAUGGCCCAGACCGAGGAUUCACCCCCUAGAGAUCAGGUCCUUCUGGAUGAAGCGGAACAGGGAUCAAUCGAUAAUCAGAUGAGGCGCGAUCGAGAAGAGUCUCUAUUUAGUCCCGAAUCAAUGUCGCCAAUGGAUGAAUCGACGAACGUAGAGACAGCGCCACAAAGAAGGAUCGAAACUGCGCCACAGCAAGAGGCAAAUGGGUCGGUGAACAGUAUCGAAGGGACUCCACCAAUGUUGAUUAUAGAUCAGCAGCAUGAGCUCUCGCCAGCCCAACAGGUAAACGCCGUAACAGAGGAGGUAGAACGCAUCUCCACGGCCGAAAUGAAGGUCUCGGCAGAACGGGAAGCGAUUCCAACCCUUCCACAAUCCGAGAUACUUGGGAGAGGGCAGGAGAGGCUCGAAGAGCUGGGUGGACGUGUGAGCCAGGACCAGGAACAUUACGAAGACGAGAUCGGACUGGAGCAGAGAAAACGAACGACACCGGAUCUGGAUUCGGGCCCAGCUAUUGAAGGCCCUAUCCAGUUACAGGAUCUGAAUUCCUCGCCCAUAAUACGAGAAUCGGACCGAAAACGUGUCACUCAGAUCAACUUUGGCAGACUAGAGGAAUUGGAGAGCCUAGAGCGAGCGCACGAAAUGUUGUCUCCCGGACAUGAUCGGGAUGGAGUUCGCGAUGGGGGAGAACUCAUUGCUCGAGAAGAUGAGAUUGUUCCCGACGUGCAGGAAGAGUUAAGAGGCGAUGGCCAAGCGCGAUACGAGCCGCUCUCUGGCGAGGGCAACCGAGCAGCAGUGGAGAACACCGAACGGAAUAUCGACGACCGGCUACGGGAGCGGGAAAAUCAAGAAACGGCCGCGAGACCGCGGAAGAAGGCGGCGAUAAAAGAAGUUGAGAGGCGAAGACAAGAGAGAGUACGGCAACUCAAGAAUGAGAAACCCGAGUUGAUGUCGGAGCAAAAGAUGACCAGAGAGCGAGCAAGGGAUCAACAAGAGAGGCAAGUAAAGGAAGACGAAGGCAUGCGCCGAAAACGGACCACACAGAUCGACUUUGGGAGGCUCGGAGACGCUGUUCAUGGGCAACCCAAGCCUAAAGAGAGCGCCAGUCGGCGCUCAAUCACAGAAAACGAAACCGGUGGCGGACCAGCCGAAGUUGUUGUGCUUGAUUCUGAUGUCAUCGCGACGACCAGUCAACAACCAGCAGAUCCUCCGAAAUUGACCAUGGAAAGAACCGGCCCUCAGAAGAUUCGAAUCCAUCUCAAGAUCUCCGACGGGAGGCUUGGUGGUGAGGACUGGAAAAGUCUAUCCUCACACGACGUUGACCCUUCCGAGCCGGCAGACUUCAUGCGAUUCUUGAGGAAAUACACCAGAAAGGAUACCGAAAAUCCGUGGAAUGUGCUCGCCGGGUCCCAUAUAAUAACCCCAUUGACGAAGUUCGAAGACAUCAUCAAAGAUGGAAACAGCACCUUAUACAUAACUCGAGAAGGGGUUAUCGACACUCAUCUUCAUCCUAAUUCUCCUGCCGGCAAAAGAAUUCGAUCUUGAGUAUAUAGAAAAGCGACUCUAACAUUAGUCCCUAGCUCAUCUUUCGUUUUUCGACCCAUCCCC